UAACGGGAGAAGCCGCCGGGCCUGUCCUGUAACCGCCGCGCGGUGCGGGAAGGCGGCAGCCGGGGCGGGACGGCGCGGCUGGGUGGCGGGUGCCGGGGAUCUGGGACCCGCUGCGGCCGGCGCACGCAGGCUCGGAGGAGCGGAGCCGGUAACUGCCCCGGACACGCCAGGGAGCAGGGGGAGCGGCGGGCGGAUCCCGCGCUGCUUCGCAAGCUCAGCAGCAGCAGCAGCAGCAGCAGCGGCAGCACUGGGGUCUGGAGGCGACUCCACCGCCAGCACCCACCCGGCGUGAGCGUCCCCGCAGCGGACACUGCCACGGAGCCAGUUUAAAAGAACAAUAUAGAGGGGGAAAUGGAGCAGAAAUUGCAAGUGUUGCAGGAACAAUUUGUGGUUGGAGCUUCUCCAUGUGAAGCUGAGCUUCAGGAAUUAAUCCACCAAAUUGACAUCAUGGUAAACAACAAGAAACUGGAAUGGGAAAGGAGGGUGAAAGCUUUAGAGGCAAGAAUGGAUGUCCGGGAUCAAGAAUUAGCAAAUGCCCAAAGCAAGUUGGAUCUGAAAGGUCAAGAGGUAGGGAUACUUCGACAGAAGUUAGACAGCUUGCAGAAGACUAAAUAUGAGAUGGCUCAGGAUUUCGAAGCUCAACUUCAAGCAUUGAAGUCUCAAUUUUGUAAACUCACACAAAGCUAUGAAAAACUACAGUUACACCAGAUAAAACAAGAUAGGGUUCACAGUAAAGAAAUAUGUGCAGAAAAUCUGGAAACUCCAUUUGAACUGAGCAAUUUAAACCAGAAAUUGGAAGAAUUUGAAGCAAAAUCAAGAGAAUGGGAUCAGAAGGAGACACUAUAUCAAAACCAUCUCAUUUCUUUAGAUGCUCAACGAAAAUUAUUGUCUGAGAAGUGUAAUUUAUUUCAGAAACAGACACAGAAUUAUCAAUUCCAAAUCAGCAAUAAGAACCAGAAACAGAAAGACGCAGCUACUUCCAGCCAAUCCAAAAUUGAGAGGGAUGAGUUCAUUAUUGAAAAAUUAAAGUCAACUGUGAAUGAAAUAGCAAUAAACAGGAAUAAGUUACAAGAGGAAAAUCUAAAGCUACAACAAGAACUAACAGUGUACCAAACACAAUGCCAGAACAUGGAGGCAGGACUUUCAGAGAUGAGAAAUGAGCUGCAGUCACGUGAUGCCCUCUGGAGAGGGAUGGAGGUGGAAUUCCAGCAGUUGCGUAAAGAAUUAUUGAAAUAUGGAGAAUGUAAAAACAUCCAAGAAAAUCAAAUGAAGCUUCAAUCAGCCUAUGCACAAUGUAUUCAGGAACUGGAAAACAAAAAAGCGGAGCUAUUACAUUUGAAACAACACCAGGAAAGUCAGCAAAAAGAGCUAAACAAGAUAAGGGACCAUCUUUAUCAUGAGGAGGAGUCCCAUAGCUCUGAGCAGGAAAGAAUGAGGACAGAAAUCUCUGGCCUGACAGAAGAGCUUCAUCAGAAGGAGAUCACUAUAGCAACUAUCAUGGAGAAAGCUACUCUUCUGGAAAGAAAGUUAAAAUUGGAGUUAGAGAUAAAAGAAAAAUUGUUAGCAAAACAACAGAUGUCAGAGAUGAGGUAUGAAGCUAUCAGAUCGGAAAACACACAUUUGAAGAAGAUGAUAGAAAAUUUGCAGUCUAGAAGAUACAUGACUAUAGAUUUAUCUAACACAGAACAUGAGAGUUACACAGCUUCCAUUCAUGAACUUGAGUGUGAGAAUGAAAGGUUACGAAAUAAUCUUGGUAAAUUGCAGAGCGAUUCAGAAACAUCAAUAUUGGCUACUCUGGAUAGAUAUGGAGAAAAAAAGCACUCUAAGCAAACCCAAUUAGAAAUGGAAGAAAAGGAAGAGAGAACUUUCCAAAAUAAAAUAGAAUGGCAAAUGAAACCUAUGCAAUCCACUAUCUAUGACCUCUACAGAAACCAAAAUCUUAUUCUACAUGGUCAAGGGGAUAUCAUUGGUACUAAAAGUGGCAGCAGUUUACCGUCUCAGAGACUUAGCAGAGAUCAUGACCAGAAACUAGAUGGUAAAUCUCCAUCACCACCAAUGUUAUAUCCUUCACACUACAACAGCCCAUUUCCUGAAAAGCACAGAUGUGAUGUUUUACUGAGCCAUGUGUACAGUGUGGAAGAAGUCAACCCAGUGCUUCCCCCAGAGAUGUCCUUACCUACAACUGUAACAGAAAAGUUCUUUCAAGAAGAAGAGAAACGAGCAAAAGAAUUUGAAGAGAUUUUAAAUUCACACAUUGAAGAACUGCAAAGGCAUUCUGAAAAUACUGUCAAAAAAUAUGCCAGGCUAAAACAAAAUAGACAUAUAUGAGCCUUUUAGCUUUUUAUAUGCAGUUUAAAAAAAUAAAGGUAUAACCAAAUA